AACAGGAGCCUGCGAGGGAGACGGGAGAAAGAGAAAAAGAUGAAGCGUGACCGGGAACUGGAAAAAGAACUAAAAAAAGUCAGGACAGACGGCGAGUUUGUCUAAAAAGAACUUUGAAGGACUUUGCUGAAACUAUCCCGGUGGGAGAGAUUGUUGGCCAAACAAUCUCAUUGACAAACAGACCGUUUCCGGACGGAGUUCAACGAGAGCGACGUGGAGGGAUUCACGGAGCGGACAAAUCACCGAGUUCGACCAGAAUACGGUAGACGUUCGUUUUUGUUUGUUCACCGGAGUGAAGAGGACCUUGUCGUUACUGGGACAGCAGACACGUGCAACGAACCAGGCCUGCUACGCUGGGGUGGUAGGGAGGUUUGUAGGCGAGUGACUGUGUGAGGAUCUAUUAGUGACCGAGUCAGCGCUAGGAAGAUGUAUGGUGUGAAAUAGGGCUCAUUGUUGAUGUUAAUUAUUGUCAAACGUAAAAGGAUAUUUUGAGUUAGAGAAACACUGAAAUAUUGUAAAGGAUGUUUAUAUUUUGUUGAAUUCAGAGAUGACCACUGAAAAGGGGGAAAUGUGUUGACUUUAUUUUAUUUGAGAUUGUUUAAAUAAUAAUAAUCUUUUACCUUUUACAAAACAGUUGUGGGCCUGAUAUUAUUAAUACUAUAUCACAACAGAAAAAGGUGAAUUAAAAGAAACCAGUUCAUGUGUUACUACUUUGUACAAAAAUAGAAAAUAACCUUUAGUAUUAGUUUAACUGAUCAUCUGGAAAUGUAUUAAUACAAGCUAGUAAAGGCAUAACAGAGUAAGCUAAACGAACCCAAUAGCUACUUUCAUUUACCUGUUAAGGGUUGAAAGUGCUACAUAAAUGGAGGCACCGCUGGGAUUUUUUUAGAAACUUGUGAUUUUAUUUUGUGUUUAAGGGAGAUAACAGUGAAACUAGUUAAAAUUUGUACAAAACAGUAGUCAUUUUUACAAAGUGAAUACCAUGGACUUUCAGGCAGUGAAGGCAGAACUAGUGACUGAGCUUAGUGAAUGGUGCCAAGGUGAAUCCCUUGACGAAGACCAAGUACUGCUAGCAGUUGUUCCCCAAGGAUGUGAAAUCGAAGAAAUUGAAGCAACCCUGCAAACUGUCAAAGCCUUAGGACGAGUACGAGUUCGUGGCAGAAGAGCCAAUUCAAAAUUGGACAAAUUAACAGUCUUGUGUGAAUUUAAGGAAAAGGUUGAUUCUAUGGCAGUUCCAUUAGAAGUCAUACACCCCAUUUCCCAAGAGGUUUGGCCCAUCAUCAGGGGGUCUGCCCUCCCAGCUCCAGGUUACCAGCCUCAGACCUCCACGAAUGUUCAGGGUGAGACACUGUUAACAAGUGGCUCUGCUGAGUCCAUCAUACGGGCGGUUGGGGAUGUGUUGUCCAGAGCAGAGAAGUCUUCAGGUGAAGGCACUAGCUAUCGUCGUAUGCGGAUAUUCUCUGGCACACUACCAACUCCUGCUGGAGAAGAAACAUUGGAUCAUUGGCUGGAACAGGCUUGGCUGAUGGUUGAGGAGAGUGAGUGUUCUGGAAAAGAAAAACGUAGGCGGAUCAUGGAAAGCCUUCGUGGACCUGCUCUGGCAGUGGUAAAAGCAGUGCGGACCGCUGAGGCUGAUAUUACCCCUUCUAAAUGUUUAGAGGCAAUUGAAAGUGCCUUCGGUACCACUGAGUCAGGUGAAGACCUUUACUUUGAGUUUAGGCUAUUGCGGCAAGAGAAAGUGGAGAAACUGUCAUCAUUCUUGAGGCGCAUAGAGCAGUCUCUGACCAAAGUUGUUAAUAAAGGGGCAUACCUGUCAGUCGUAUGGACACUGCCAGAGUGGAGCAGCUACUUCGAGGAGCCAUAUACUCAGACCUUAUGCUAG